GAUGGCGGAAUGUGCGAAGAAGAAGAGAACAAAAAGCAAGCGAAAAAUCGUAAAGCGUAUCUGUUAAUGUAUAAAUGCAUAAUAUUUAUAUUUGCUAAGUCUCAGUAUACAUAACGGAUUAUCUUAUCAAUAUUUAAAAAACCAAACACAGCCUCCACGUUGUGCUCUUUAAAUCUUUAUCACAGAGGUCUAAAACUAAGGAAAAAUCGAAAUCUUGUAUCUGACUGACGGCCAUAAGAGUAUCACCAAAGCAAAUAGAAGCAGUAAAGGGCCAACAAAAAGUUAUAAACUUACAGAAGCAACUGCUAGAAGUGGUACCAACCAAGACUCCUACUUUAGGAUUAAGAAUUCCUCCUGCCCAAGUGGUUUGGGUGUUGUGCUGUAACAUUCGCCGCAGUUAGAAGCAGACUAUGUCUGCCUUUUUGCGUCAUCAAAAUCCACAAGAUUACACAUAGCCAUGGCUGCGACGAGAAAACUGCAAGGCGAAAUCGAUCGAUGUUUAAAAAAAGUUGCCGAGGGCGUUGAAACAUUUGAAGAUAUUUGGAAAAAAGUACAUAAUGCUACAAAUACCAACCAGAAGCAAAAACAUCUGCAGGAGAAAUAUGAGGCAGAUCUCAAGAAAGAAAUUAAAAAACUCCAGCGAUUACGCGAUCAGAUUAAGUCAUGGAUUGCUUCAGCCGAGAUAAAGGAUAAAAGUGCGCUGCUUGAAAAUCGAAGACUUAUUGAAACGCAAAUGGAACGCUUUAAGGUUGUCGAGCGCGAAACGAAAACAAAAGCAUAUUCUAAGGAAGGCUUGGGAGCAGCACAAAAAAUGGAUCCGGCCCAGCGAAUUAAGGAUGAUGCCCGAAAUUGGUUAACCAGUUCAAUUAGUUCUCUACAAAUACAGAUAGACCAGUAUGAGAGUGAAAUUGAAUCACUUUUGGCAGGUAAAAAAAAACGCCUAGAUCGAGACAAGCAGGAGCGUAUGGAUGAUCUGCGUGGCAAAUUGGACAGGCACAAAUUCCAUAUAACAAAGCUAGAAACUCUGCUUAGGCUGCUCGACAACGACGGUGUCGAGGCUGAGCAAGUUAACAAGAUCAAAGAUGAUGUCGAAUAUUACAUUGAUUCAUCGCAAGAGCCCGACUUUGAGGAAAACGAGUUUAUCUACGACGAUAUCAUUGGACUGGACGAGGUGGAGCUAAGUGGUACGGCCACAACGGACAGCAACAAUAGCAACGAGACUAGCGGAUCACCAAGCAGCGUCAACUCCGGUGGCAGCCCGUCACAGUCGCCCGUCACGGUACAACAAGUGCUCACUUCUUCCGCGCAGGCAGCGGCAAGUAGUGGCAGCAGUGCAGCCAGCGCUACUUUGUUCCAGCAACAGCAAGCAGCAGCCCUGGCCCAAUCAAAUGGCAACAACAUUGGCUAUGCGAGCGACACCAGCGCAGCAUCAUCAUCAGCGACAACAUCCACCGACCCGUCUGGCAGCAUCACAGUUGCACAGUUUAGUGGCGGAAGUGGGAGUGAUAAGCGCAACAAAAGCAGCGAAAGCAAUGCCAACAACAUCAAAUUGAAACAACAACCUCUGCAGCUUAUUAAGCCCACGCCUGUUCGAGCGACGGCUAAGACGCCUUCGGGUAGUGAUACUCAAAUCAAUAAGAUUGUCAGUUCAACGCCCAGUAAAAUGCAGCAGCCACCAACGGCCGCGUCAGUUCUAGCAACCUCCAGCCUGGCACAGAGCAGUACAAGUAUGAGCGGGACCGGAAAUAGUAAUGCUAACGAGGGAACAGGAGCCGCCACCGCAUCAGCAACCAACAGUGGUCACAAUCCUGCCGUGCAGCAACAUGCUCCUACGCCUGCCCUGUGUUCCUCCACCAGCAUUCCUGCAGGCGCCACUGCAACAGCUGCCUCGAGUCCCGCCAGCGCCGCCCCCACGAGCAGUGGCAACGUUCAGGGCCUAUCUGUGAUCCACGCCUCACCACCAAUUGCAUUUGCUGCUGUAGCGAAACAUAACACAUCACUUUUGGAGAAUGGAUCUGUAUUGCAGCAGCAGCAGCAACAACAAUCAGCAGCUCCUACGGUGGCUGCUAUUGUUGGAACCGGAGCACAGGCCCAGCAGCAACAACAGUUGGCACAACUAUCCAAUCUUCAAACGAAUUCCUCACAUUUACAUAACGGCUUACAAGUCUCUUCGGUUGGUACUAGUGACAACAAUAGCAUUGGAGCUGAUGCAACAAUUUCUUUAAAAACGAUGGCACAGGAAGCUAUUAAUCGAUCCACAAUCGAUGUCAAUUCCGUAAUCCAGCAGCAAACAAGCAACAUCGACACGAGGCAGCCGCUGUCUUUGUCUCACCAACCGCAACAGCAAUCCAUCCUCCAGCAACAUUUCAUCUCGGAAAACACUGCCAACCAACAACAGCAGCAACAAAAGGUAGCGGCGCAACAGCAGCAAAACGCAGCAGCGGCAACUGCGGCAGCGAUAGGAUCAAUCGUAGUUUCGGGGUCCCACGCGUCAACAAACAGCAACGGGCCCAUUGCCACCGGCUCUGGAAUCAUGAGUCUGGCGAACGCUGCAGGUCAGCCGACUAGUGGAAAUGCCAAGGUCCUUACAUUGCAACAGCAUCAGCAACAGCAGCAAAUGGCCACUACAGAGGCGCACAUUCCUACUCUGCUGGGAGUGACACCAUUGGGACCAACGCCGCUCCAGAAAGAGCAUCAAAUGCAGUUUCAGAUGAUGGAGGCUGCCUACUACCAUCUACCACAGCCCAUGGACACGGAGAAAUUACAAACGUACUUUCAUCGCGCACCAGUACCUACGCCUGCACAUUAUCCACAGUCCCAGCUGCCCAUAUAUGAUACCGUUGAAUUCUAUCAACGACUCUCAACGGAGACGCUGUUCUUUGUAUUCUAUUAUAUGGAGGGCUCCAAGGCUCAAUAUCUGGCUGCCAAGGCAUUAAAAAAACAGAGCUGGCGCUUCCACACCAAGUAUAUGAUGUGGUUUCAAAGGCACGAGGAACCCAAAAUUAUUAACGAUGAUUACGAACAGGGUACGUACAUCUAUUUUGACUAUGAAAAGUGGAGUCAGCGCAAGAAGGAGGGAUUCACCUUUGAAUACAAGUACUUAGAGGACAAGGAGCUUAAUUGAAAUGUUGAGAUGUUUUGUCCCUCCUCUGUCAAUAAGAAAACCAUUAAAAAAAAACAAUAAAAUUAUAUAAUAUCACUUUCAUACCAAACACAAUACACACACAUAAAAUAAAAGAGAGAGAGAUUACGUACAGCAAAUGGAAAAUCAUGAUAAAGCUAAGAAAUUGGAGGCAUAAGCAUAAAUUUAAAGGAAAGAAAAAUUAAGUUGGAAUACUUGUUCGGAAUGCAUGUAAAAACCUAUGCAUUUUAUAUAGAUUUUUUAUUUAUGACGAGACGAAACGACACAAAACUUCUUUAUAAAGUUCGCUUAGCGCUUCUACUAACUUAGCAUUGGAAUCUAGCUAUACAUAUAAACGAAUACUUUCGCGAUUCUCCUUUAACAAACCUUCAAUAAUUGUAUAAAACCGGAUUGCAGUACAUACACCUUCAAUUAUACAUACACAUACAGAAUAAAACAAAAAAUGCACCAAUUUUUAUGAGUUUAGACUAAGAGAAAAUAAUGAAAACCAACAAAUUUCAGCUGAUCUUAUUUAAAUUUAAUAAUGUAAUUUUGCGGUUACUAAGUUAAUUGAAAUAGAUUGAGCAUGUGUUGAAUGGAAAACAACAAAUUAAUGAGUAAUUGAAAACCUUUUUUAAAAUAAAAAAUAAAUAAAUAAAAAAUGAGUGAAUAGUUAAACAUGUGAAUUUUUUUAUUUCUAAAUGUACUAAAUGUUAUUUAGGUAAAUAGGAAAAUAUUGUUUUAAAUGUGUUUUGUUUAAUGCUUGUGACGAUUCCAGAGAAGAAAUGUUUCUUGUAAAUAUUAACAAUGCUUAUAAAUGUAAAAUCUUUUUAAUACCACACUUCGCAAAUAACAAUUUAUUCGAUUUUCUAGGACAUCUACGGACACCCUUUAAGUUUGUUUCUUCUAUUCUGGGUAUUACGAAAUCACGUGAAUUUUUUACUGUUUGUACAUAUUAAAAUAUAAUUCUGCUAUAAUAAUGAUUUAUGUUUUGUAAUUGAAGGUAUAAUACACGAUUAAAAAUCUUAAAUAUCUCAUCCCUA